UGCAGAAGGAGCCGAGCGGCUGCUGCUCAAUGGCGGAGAAGCCGCCGGUUCUCUGACCGCCUCGCCCCCCCCACCCCCAGCAGCUGCGGGGGAGUUUCCUGCCGGCGCGGCUGGAGUCUGUGUUUCUCAGUGUCCGCUGGCUGGAAGAUGCUCCAGAGAGACGAGGCUGAGGCGGAGGAGGUGGCGGCGGCCGAAUCGGCAGCGGCGCUAGGGUGGAGAGAAGGCGGCAGCGGCAGCGGCGGCGGCGGCUUGAGGAGCCGGGCGGUGUAAACAGCCCCGGCCGAGGCGGUGGCCGAGACCCCGAGGACGAAGCGACGGCCGAGGCAGGGUCGCCCCUCGGUCGGAAACCUGGGCUGAGUGGCCCCGGUUGGGGGUGGGAGGGCUCCGCGGCGGGCGCCGAGCGAGAAGCCCUUAGACUUGGCCUCCGUCCCUCGCCCCAGAUUCAAUAUUAAACAUGGGUGCAUUUUUGGAUAAACCCAAAACUGAAAAACAUAAUGCUCACGGUGCUGGAAAUGGUUUACGCUAUGGCCUGAGCAGCAUGCAAGGAUGGAGAGUGGAGAUGGAAGAUGCACACACAGCUGUUGUGGGGAUUCCUCACGGCUUAGAAGACUGGUCAUUUUUUGCAGUGUAUGAUGGUCAUGCUGGAUCCCGAGUGGCAAACUACUGCUCCACACAUUUGUUAGAACACAUAACUACCAACGAAGACUUUAGGGCAGCUGGAAAAUCAGGAUCUGCUCUUGAGCCUUCAGUGGAAAAUGUCAAGAAUGGUAUCCGAACUGGCUUUUUGAAAAUUGAUGAAUAUAUGCGUAACUUUUCAGACCUCAGAAACGGGAUGGACAGGAGCGGUUCUACUGCAGUGGGAGUUAUGAUUUCACCUAAGCAUAUCUACUUUAUCAACUGUGGCGAUUCACGUGCUGUUCUCUAUAGGAAUGGACAAGUCUGCUUUUCUACCCAGGAUCACAAACCAUGUAAUCCAAGGGAAAAGGAGCGGAUUCAAAAUGCAGGAGGCAGUGUAAUGAUACAGCGUGUUAAUGGUUCAUUAGCAGUGUCUCGCGCUCUGGGGGACUAUGAUUACAAGUGUGUUGACGGCAAGGGCCCAACAGAACAGCUUGUUUCUCCAGAGCCUGAGGUUUAUGAAAUGUUAAGAGCAGAAGAGGAUGAAUUUAUCAUCUUGGCUUGUGAUGGGAUCUGGGAUGUUAUGAGUAAUGAGGAACUCUGUGAAUUUGUUAAAUCUAGGCUUGAGGUAUCUGAUGACCUGGAAAAUGUGUGCAAUUGGGUAGUGGACACUUGUUUACAUAAGGGAAGUCGAGAUAACAUGAGUAUUGUACUAGUUUGCUUUUCAAAUGCCCCCAAGGUCUCGGAUGAAGCAGUGAAGAAAGAUUCAGAAUUGGAUAAACACUUGGAAUCACGGGUUGUAGAAAUUAUGGAAAAAUCUGGUGAGGAAGGAACGCCUGAUCUUGCCCAUGUCAUGCGCAUCUUGUCUGCAGAAAAUAUCCCAAAUUUGCCUCCUGGAGGAGGUCUCGCUGGCAAACGCAAUGUUAUUGAAGCUGUUUAUAGUAGACUGAAUCCGCAUAGAGAAAGUGAUGGGGCCUCCGAUGAAGCAAAGGAAGGUGGAUCACAGGGAAAAUUGGUGGAAGCGCUCAGGCAAAUGAGAAUUAAUCAUAGGGGAAACUACCGACAACUUCUGGAGGAGAUGCUGACUAGUUACAGGCUAGCUAAAGUAGAGGGAGAAGAAGGCCCGGCUGACCCAGCUGCUGCUGCUGCUGCUUCCAACAGUGAUGCUGGAGACCCAGUGACAAUGCAGGAGAGUCAUUCUGACCCUGAAAGGGGCGGUGCUGACUUAGACAGCUCUAACGAAGAUGCAGGGACACACAGGAGUGCUGAAAAAAUAUGACUUUUUGAUGUUAUUUUUGUGAUCUUUGGUUUGAUGGUUUUUCCUUAGAAAAUAUAAUGUAUGCAUUUAUAUAUAACUGUUUUGUUAUUUGAAUCUUGGAAAACUAGUUUUCUUAGGUUUAUAUAGCCUUGAUUUUAAAAAGGCCUUUGCAUACACCUUUAUGAGAGUUUUAAGUUAACUAUAGUAUCUUUGAAUUUGAUAAAAUUUUAUCAUUUCACACUGUGUGCCUGAAAUUAGGCUACCAAUUAUUAAAGCCAGUUAAAUUCAUACUCUAUAGGAUUAGAGAGUACUGAUUAUAGAGAUUGCAGUAUUUUAUAAAAAACUUGUUACUGUAGAAUUAUAUUGCUUCAUAUUAUUUUACACAACAGUACGUUCAUAAUUAGCUUUAUGAUUUGUUUUCUUUCAUAAUUUUAGUUCUUCAAUGAAUGAUGCUGAUUUGUAAUUUUUUCAAGAAUGAUACUUUGUUGUUUGAUUUGUUUAUAUUUCAUAUCUCUAGUUUUAGAAAUUGUGAGAUAAUUGAAGUGUGAUUACUUUUCCUUUCUCUGUAUUCUUUAUGAAAUAGUUUUUGAAAACCUAUGUAUUAUUCAUACUUCUUUGGUUUGUGUAUUCUGUAUAGUCUAACCAUACACAUCAAAAUGUAUGUGAAUCAAGUGUUUAGAAUGAAAUUCUAAGUGUUUACGUCCAAAUAAAGCAUGUGAUGUGGAAUAAUC